AUGUCUAAUUCAGAACUUGCUAUCAGUUAUGCUGCACUUAUUCUAGCAGACGAUGGUGUUGAAAUUACUUCUGAUAAAUUAACAACUUUAACCAAAGCUGCGGGUAUUGAUGUUGAACCAGUCUGGGCAAAUUUAUUUGCUAAAGCUCUUGAAGGAAAAAACGUUGCUGAUCUUUUAAUGAACGUUGGUGCAGGUGGUGCUCCUGCUGCAGUUUCAACUGGUGGUGGCGAAAGGCAAUUUUUAUUGGAUGUGUACUUGUGA